UCCGCGCAGCGGUCGGAGCCAUUUCGCUGCUGUCUUCACGCUGAGUGUCUGUGUGCUUCGGUGGUUUCUCUGUGGAAGGCCGGAGCCACGGACGGUCCUAAGUGAGCUUUGCUCUCUGGCAUCCUGAAGCGGCAUUUGGUCUAAAGAAGACACUUGAAUCAUGGGUGAUGUUAAAAAUUUUCUAUAUGCCUGGUGUGGCAAAAGGAAGAUGACCCCAUCCUAUGAAAUUAGAGCAGUGGGGAACAAAAACAGGCAGAAAUUCACGUGUGAGGUUCGGGUGGAAGGAUAUAAUUAUGCCGGCAUGGGCAAUUCUACCAAUAAAAAAGAUGCACAGAGUAAUGCUGCCAGAGACUUUGUUAACUAUUUGGUUCGAAUAAAUGAAGUAAAGAGUGAAGAGGUCCCAGCUAUUGGUGUAGCACCCCCUCCACCUGAUACUCCUGAUGCCACAACGGAUACAGGUGGAGGUUUACCAACAACCAUGGGAGGACCUCUUCCUCCACAUCUGGCUCUCAAGGCAGAAAAUAAUUCUGGAGUUGGAGCCUCUGGUUAUGGUGCUCCUGGGCCCACCUGGGAUCGGGGAGCCAACUUAAAGGAUUACUACUCGCGGAAGGAGGAACAAGAAGCACAAGCGACUCUAGAAUCAGAAGAAGUGGAUUUAAAUGCUGGGCUUCAUGGAAACUGGACCUUGGAAAAUGCUAAGGCUCGUCUGAACCAGUAUUUCCAAAAAGAAAAGAUCCAAGGAGAAUAUAAGUACACCCAAGUGGGUCCUGAUCACAACAGGAGCUUUAUUGCAGAAAUGACUAUUUAUAUCAAGCAGCUGGGCAGAAGGAUUUUUGCACGUGAACAUGGAUCAAAUAAGAAACUGGCAGCACAGUCCUGUGCCCUUUCACUUGUCAGGCAACUCUACCAUCUUGGAGUGAUUGAAGCUUAUUCUGGACUUACAAAGAAGAAAGAAGGAGAGACAGUGGAGCCUUACAAAGUUAACCUCUCUCAGGAUUUAGAGCACCAGUUGCAAAACGUUGUUCAGGAGCUAAGUCUUGAGAUCAUGCAGCCACCUGAUGAUCCUUCUGUGCCAGUUGUACUCAAUAUUGGCAAGUUGGCUCACUUUGAACCAUCUCAGCGGCAAAACCAAAUGGGUGUGGUUCCUUGGUCACCUCCACAGUCCAACUGGAAUCCUUGGACUAGUAGCAACAUUGAUGAGGGCCCCCUGGCUUAUGCUACUCCAGAACAAAUAAGCAUGGACCUCAAGAAUGAAUUAAUGUACCAGCUGGAACAGGAUCAUGAUUUACAAGCAAUCUUGCAGGAGAGAGAGUUACUGCCUGUGAAGAAAUUUGAAAGUGAAAUCCUGGAGUCAAUUAGUCAAAAUUCAGUUGUCAUUAUCCGAGGUGCUACUGGAUGUGGUAAAACCACACAGGUUCCCCAGUUCAUUCUAGAUGAUUUUAUUCAGAAUGACCGAGCAGCAGAGUGUAAUAUUGUAGUAACUCAGCCCAGGAGAAUCAGUGCAGUUUCUGUGGCAGAGCGAGUUGCAUACGAGAGAGGAGAAGAACCUGGAAAAAGCUGUGGCUAUAGUGUUCGAUUUGAGUCUAUACUUCCCCGCCCUCAUGCUAGUAUAAUGUUUUGUACUGUAGGUGUACUACUAAGAAAAUUAGAAGCAGGCAUUCGAGGAAUCAGCCAUGUAAUUGUAGAUGAAAUACAUGAAAGAGACAUAAAUACUGACUUCCUUUUGGUAGUGUUGCGUGAUGUGGUUCAGGCUUAUCCUGAAGUUCGCAUUGUCCUCAUGUCUGCUACUAUUGAUACCAGCAUGUUCUGUGAAUAUUUCUUCAAUUGCCCUAUCAUUGAAGUUUAUGGAAGAACUUACCCAGUUCAAGAAUAUUUCCUGGAGGACUGUAUUCAGAUGACCCACUUUGUUCCUCCACCAAAGGACAAGAAGAAGAAGGAUAAGGAGGAUGAUGGUGGUGAGGAUGAUGAUGCCAAUUGCAAUCUGAUCUGUGGUGAUGAAUAUGGUUCAGAAACAAAGAUGAGCAUGGCUCAGUUGAAUGAAAAGGAAACUCCUUUUGAACUCAUCGAGGCUCUCCUUAAGUACAUUGAGACCCUUAAUGUUCCUGGAGCUGUGUUGGUUUUUCUCCCUGGCUGGAAUUUGAUUUAUACUAUGCAGAAGCAUUUGGAAAUGAAUCCACAUUUUGGAAACCAUCGUUAUCAGAUUCUACCUCUGCAUUCUCAGAUUCCUCGAGAGGAGCAGCGCAAAGUGUUUGAUCCAGUACCAGUGGGAGUAACAAAGGUUAUUUUGUCCACAAAUAUUGCUGAGACAAGCAUUACCAUUAAUGAUGUUGUUUAUGUCAUUGAUUCCUGCAAGCAGAAAGUGAAGCUGUUCACUGCUCACAACAAUAUGACCAACUAUGCUACCGUAUGGGCAUCCAAAACAAACCUUGAGCAGCGGAAAGGGCGAGCUGGCCGUGUGCGGCCUGGAUUCUGCUUUCACCUCUGCAGCCGAGCUCGUUUUGAGAGACUUGAAACCCACAUGACACCCGAGAUGUUCCGAACACCACUACAUGAAAUUGCUUUGAGCAUAAAACUUCUGCGUCUGGGAGGAAUUGGUCAGUUCCUGGCCAAGGCAAUUGAACCUCCACCUUUGGAUGCUGUGAUUGAAGCAGAGCAUACUCUCAGAGAGCUUGAUGCAUUAGAUACCAAUGAUGAGUUGACUCCUCUGGGACGAAUCCUGGCUAAACUCCCUAUUGAGCCUCGUCUUGGCAAAAUGAUGAUAAUGGGAUGUAUUUUCUAUGUGGGAGAUGCUGUCUGUACCAUCUCUGCUGCCACCUGCUUUCCAGAGCCUUUCAUCAGUGAAGGAAAGAGACUGGGUUAUAUCCAUCGAAAUUUUGCUGGAAACAGAUUUUCUGAUCAUGUGGCCCUUUUAUCAGUAUUCCAAGCCUGGGAUGAUGCUAGAAUGGGUGGGGAAGAAGCAGAAAUACGUUUUUGUGAGCACAAAAGACUCAAUAUGGCUACACUAAGAAUGACUUGGGAAGCCAAAGUUCAGCUCAAAGACAUUCUGAUCAACUCUGGAUUUCCAGAAGACUGUUUGUUGACACAAGUGUUUAAUAACACUGGACCAGAUAAUAAUUUGGAUGUUGUUAUCUCUCUCCUGGCCUUUGGUGUGUACCCCAAUGUGUGCUAUCAUAAGGAAAAGAGAAAGAUUCUCACCACUGAAGGGCGUAAUGCACUUAUCCACAAGUCAUCUGUUAAUUGUCCCUUUAGCAGCCAGGACAUGAAAUACCCAUCUCCUUUCUUUGUAUUUGGUGAAAAGAUUCGAACCCGAGCCAUCUCAGCUAAAGGCAUGACCUUAGUGACCCCCCUACAGUUGCUUCUCUUUGCCUCCAAAAAAGUCCAAUCUGAUGGGCAGAUCGUGCUUGUAGAUGACUGGAUCAGACUGCAAAUAUCCCAUGAAGCUGCUGCCUGCAUCACUGCUCUCCGGGCAGCCAUGGAAGCUCUGGUUGUUGAAGUAACCAAACAGCCCGAUAUCAUCAGCCAAUUGGACCCGGUAAAUGAACGUAUGCUAAACGUGAUCCGUCAGAUCUCUAGGCCCUCAGCUGCAGGCAUCAACCUUAUGAUUGGCAGUGCACGAUAUGGAGAUGGUCCCCGUCCUCCCAAGAUGGCCCGAUAUGACAAUGGAAGUGGAUACAGAAGGGGAGGUUCUAAUUAUGGUGGUGGAGGCUAUGGUACCAGAGGAUACAGUGGCAGCGGUUAUGGUAGUAGCUCCACCUCCUAUCGCGGAGGAUAUGGUGGAGUUGGUGGUGGAGGCUAUAGAGGAGGUUCUCGAGGAGGCUAUGGAGGAAGUUCUAGAGGAGACUACAGAGGGUCUGGUGGAGGCUACAGAGGAUCUGGGGGAUUUCAGCGAGGAGCUGGAAGGGGGUGCUACGGAAGUGGAUAUUUUGGACAAGGAAGAGGAGGUGGUGGCUAUUAAAUCUUGAUUGUGUCAGUGCCUACUUGUAGACAGUUAAAAAAAAUUGCAUGCUUUGUAUUUUCCCAAGAUACUAGUUUGUCACCAAUUAGUAAACCUAUUUUCCACUCAUGUCUUUCAUUGUUGUUUAAGGAAACCAAGCAUAUAGAUAACAUUAGUGAUUUUGUUUAUAUUAUGUAAAAUAUAAUGAUCUAUUAUAAGACUACCACAGUUUGUAUUUUUUCUUUAAGGAGUAAAGAUUUGCCUUUUAAAUUAACUUGAUAUUUUCUUGGCUUUAGUUUAAUAAAAUAGAAAAUAAAGUAUUACACUG